GUCUGCCGCAAUAUGUGAACAACAACAACAACUAACAAAACACGUGCUUUUGUUUACAAUCACUGGAAGAAAAUGUCAUUCAAUUUCUAAUCGAUCAGUAAAUGUCAUUCAGUUUCAAUUUUCCAGAUCCAUUAGAAAAUGAUGGAAGUACACAAAAGAAAGACCAGUCGAGUGUACCAACUGAUAAUGAGUCUGUACUGGAAUUCAGUGAAGUGCAAGAAACACAAGUUGAUAGGACACUGCUCACAGAUGUACAGACAAGGACAUUUGAAGUCUCGUCCAGUGUUCACUUGGUUUGUUUACACAGCCGUGAGGUGGAGAAACAGUUAACAGCAAAUCCAGAGUCAAAGUGCGGAUUAAAACUAGCCACUGAGCAACACUCAGAUCUGAUACCAAAUGUGUAUGAAGGUGGUCUCACAGUAUGGGAGUGCUCAGUGGAUCUCGCUUGCUACCUGGCAGGAUGUGGCGAGUGCCUCAAUGGGAGACGUGUCCUGGAGCUUGGCUGUGGGGCGGGAUUACCUGGUCUGGUGGCAAUCAGGUGCGGUGCAACCUCUGUCCACUUCCAGGACUAUAAUCCUGAGGUUAUAGAACACUAUACAAUACCAAAUGUUCUGCUAAAUCGGCCCCCUGAGUGCACAUGUACCUGUCGAUAUUUCACCGGAGACUGGUCUCAUUUCCAGCAGAAAAUGCAUACUAAGGGCACAAAAUAUGAUGUGAUAUUGACAGCUGAGACAAUAUACAAACCUGCAAACUACUCAAAGCUUUUGAAUAUUUUUCAAGACUUCCUUUCUGAAGAUGGUACUAUAUACGUGGCAGCUAAGAGUAACUACUUUGGUGUUGGUGGCGGCACUCAAGAUUUCAUGGAGUUUGUUAGAGAGACGCUGCAGUUCAGGGCCAUAGUGUGCCAUACAGUGGACGCUGGUUUGCCAAGAGAAAUUCUGAAAUUGACUCGGAAGACCUGAAUCAUAUGUUCUCGUGGAAAUUGAAACCCUUGCAGUAAUAGAAACUAGUCAUAUCAUAUGUGAUAUGCACAACAUCAAUGAUGUUUUUGUGACAAUGUAAAAGAGGCUACAAAAACAUGUUUUAUACCAUGUAUGGAUUUCAUACUUAUAAAUGUUCUUUUGUGAGUACUCUAUAUCUCUCCUUGGUAAUUCUUGUAACUUCUCUCUUGUUGUGCAAGGCUUUAAAAUUGACAAUACACAUGUUCAAAAGCCACACUACCAUGUAUCUUUAAAUAAAUAAAAACAUGAUGGUCCUGAAUCGCUCACCUUCAAGGUUAACUGGUUGUGAAAGAACAGCAACCUAGUUUUUUAGCACACUUGACUCUGUUUCAAACAUGGCUUUGUAAAAAUUGUGGCUUUGAGAGUGGUAAAAUGUUAUUUAUAAGAUUUGACCUGUAGACCUAGUUUGUGUACGCUUUUACAAAGAUUCAAACUUUGCCUAGAUAUUUUCAAGAUGAACAUUCUGAUCAAGCUUCAUCAAGAUUGAGUCAUAAAUAUGGUCAAGGGUGGAGGAAAUAAGGUUUUUCUCUGAUUUCACUUGGUGACCUAGUUUUUGGACACACAUUACCCUGAGUCAAACUCUGCCUAGAUAUUAUCAAGAUUAAUAAAUGGUAACUUGCUAAAAGCUGACAACAGACAACACACAACGACUGACUCCUGACACAUUUACACAUUUUGUGCUUCGGGGAGUAAACAAAAUUGUUAUUUUACAUUUUAAGUAAUGUCUGUUAAGUAAUCACUGUUAAAUUGUUUUGAAACAAGUAUUUGAUAGAUGCUGAUGCACUCUGAGCUGUUAAAUCAGAAUUUCUACUUGAAUAUUAUCACUUCCACAUGUAUCUCAGUAAUAUUUUUUGGACACAAACCUGAAAUAUUUGGUAUUUUAAUAAAUUUCAUACCAUCAAUUGUGUUUCUAAAACCAAAUCUAUCCAAAUAUGUCAGAACACUGUGAUUUACAUAUUUUGGUAGUAGAUCUUGCAAAUUGUUAUGAAAUAGUAAAUUUAACAUUUCAUUGCUUAAUCAGUCACAUGGGGGCGUUUCUAUUGUAUUCUUCUUUUACGAGCGUGUGAAGGUUUUGUGUUCAUUCUAUUUUAUAGAAAAAAGGAUCUGUCCUCGUCAGAAAUUGUGUUAACAGCCAAUUAUAAUUAAAGCAAAUUUUAUAAUAGAGAACUAACCUUGAA